GCCCGAUAAGAAGCCACACCUUGAUGAUAAACGGGCAGAACACAGCGGCCAUGGACGACGGAAUAGCCUGCGUCAAAUACGUUCUCAUCGCCUGUAACCUGCUAGUAUGGAUGCUGGGCCUGGGUGUGCUGUCGAUCGGGAUCUGGAUCCGAUCGGACCCGGACUUCUGGGUCUACCAGGACAACCUCCCUUUGUCCAAUUACUACGACGCCUGUUACGUCGUCAUGGCAGUAGGGGUAUUGCUGCUCAUUCUCGGUUUCAUGGGAUGCUGCGCCGCCGCCAUCGACAGCCCUUGUAUGCUGCUCACGUACUUCAUAGCGAUGCUGGUACUUCUGCUGAUGGAGUGCGCUGUGGCUGGUCUCGUCUGGAAGGUGGCUGACGGAGACACGUUACAACGGCACUUGGCCACCACCAUCAUGGAAAGGAUCGACGAAAUCAACGAAGACCCUAAGGCAAGAAGAUUCAUGGACUUGAUGCAAGUGCACCUGGAAUGCUGCGGCGCCAUUUCCAAGCACGACUAUGAAGUGCGCGCCAUGACCAUUCCACAGUCCUGCAGCAGCUCACGCACGAACAACAUCUUCAUCUACGGCUGCAGCGAAAACCUUCGUGUUCUCCUGGAGAGAACAGGUGCCGUCGUCGGAGGAAUGGGGCUGGCCCUCGGCUUCGUGCAGAUCAUCGUCAUGAUCAUCUCCUUGUGCCUCUUCUGCACCCUCCGCCAGGACAGCAAAUAGAAAGUGUAUCCUCAAUAUGUACAAUAAAUCACCCAUAUACUUCUUCCUUACUUUCA